AGACGUCCGGGCUACCUGAUUGUUCACAAACAAGCUCUUCACGGCCCUAUCGCCGCUUCAUAACCUUCAAUCAGGCUCCCUGUAGUGUUGGAGUAACGAUCUGCCGUUUGCACACGAUGAAUUACGAAGAAGUAGGAUAUCUUUGAUAGAGUUCAACGCAGAAGAAAAACAAUAUUUGAUUACCCACUAGUUGCUGGAAGCGGAUCUGCUCAGAUGCAGCAGACCAGUGAUGUUUAGAGAGUUAGUUCGCACAAUAUCCACGCUUGGCAUUUGAGUCAGGUUUUAGGAGGAGUUGACUGUGAGGAUCUGAUCAUUUGAAAUAUCACCUUGACGCAGCUAGAAUCAUGUGCAGUAGGAGUUAAAUUAGCAAUCUAUCUGUGGGUUUAGUGGAGUAUUAUUUAAAAGGUGAGAUUGGAGGUUGUGUAAGUUCUUUCGUGGUUGUUGUGUGCCAUCUAGCUUCGUUGUGGAGACCGUUAUGAGGUAGUUCAGCUCACGGAGUACGAUAUUGAAAACUUUAGCUACUUUUCAAGAAGCUUAGUUGGUCGCGCAUCCAGCCUUUCACUGCAAAUGAGUCUGACUUUCAGAGCUGAUGAAUGCAACGAACUUCAGUCCAUGGAGAAUUGGUUAAAUGCGGGAACAAGCUGGAGCGAGCAUCAUGGAAUUGUGGACGUUGAGACCACCGCAAGCGCGCCGCUGUUCAACCAUAUUGCUGAAGCAUCCAGCACUAGAGGCAGUCCGGAAUCCUUGUUCGACGCCUUGAGGAAGGGGAAAGAAGAGAUUCCGACGCACACAACAUUUCUGAAGCUGGACACUGUGGAGCUGUGCAAGGAUAAUCCAGAUGCUGUGUUCAUGAAGGCCGGGAGCUCCAGUAUGGUGGGUUCGUCGUCGAACGAGGAAGAGGUUUCAGUGCUCACUAAUAUACUUCCGUCAUUUGGGGUGUCAGUGUCGACCAUGGCGGACCGGACUCCAAGUUUGGACGAACCGGUUUUGUGCGUGGAUGCGAAAAGUCCUCGGGAACCAUUGUCGCCAGGUGCUCUGCAGCUUAGAAAGUCUCCGAGUAGAGCAUCCACCAAACGCUCCUUCGUUGACGCAUCCGAAGCGUCGUGGAUGCCUGUCGCAGAUGCCCAGCAGAGUCGGACUCAACAUCCCGUAAAGCAGAAGCAACCCAAAAACGGGAUGCUUAGCCAGGAGGAAAUUCAGUCUCCCCCCGCAGCCAUUGCCUACGGUCCCCCAUUUGUUGGUAUGUCGACUUCAGGCGAGAUGGCUACCCUUGCGAUCCCGAAUCCAACGGCGUUCCUGCCCGGCAGUGCAGCAAAUGUCGCUCCACUUCUCUUCUCCACACCGCUGACGCUGCCUAACGUCCCCAGUAUGGAAGAGAUUGUGCAGUUGCGACCAAAGCGGCGCAACGUGCGAAUCUCUAAGGAUCCCCAAAGCGUCGCUGCCAGGCACCGACGGGAGCGCAUCAGCGACCGGGUCCGCGUACUGCAGCAUUUCGUACCGGGAGGCACAAAAAUGGACACCGCCUCCAUGCUUGAUGAAGCCAUUCACUACGUCAAAUUUCUGCAGCAGCAACUUCAGACGCUGGAGCGAAUCGGGAACAUGAGCGAUCCAAGGUUCAUGACGCAGCCAGGCGGUCCGAUGAUUUUGCCGCAAGUGGGAGCGUCCACUUCAAUGCGCCCGUUCGACUUAAACUGCGCGGUGUACCAAUCGAACCCAGCCACAACAAUGACACUACCCCCGUCCCACCAACAACCUCUUCCAUGGCCGAACACGAGGGUGUCAAACUCCUUCUGCAGCUCCUUUUUGGACUCUGCCCAAGAGCAGUUUUGCUACUAGGAGCCACUCAUCGCAUUCAUUUGGAUCGUUAGAACAAGGUUCUGAAGGCAAGACUCUUGCAGGAGGUGUGUGCAUGAGCUCGGAUCUGGAAAUAACGACCCAAGGUUACUGUUCAAACUAAUCGGAGGCCAAUUGAGGGAGAAUCUUAGUGGGUUCCGCUUGCGCUUGAGCCGAUCACCCACGGAGACCAUUGUGCAUUACCGUUUUGUAUCUUUACAAGUGCAUCACCAAGAACUUCGGCGGUUCUUCUCGGACUUGUGCCACAUCAACUUCAGCACUUGCCUAAACGGGAAAAGAGUGUUAAAAGGCCACGGAGAGCACUGAUGCUGAGGUAGUCAAUCCCGUCUCUUGCAGGAUUGGACCUCGGCAGCAAAUUCGUAAGUGCUAACUAGAAAUUUUGCUUAUGUUCCUUGUACAGUCGAUCGAUAGAUAGGUCGCAAAUUAUUCAAGCUUUCUGCAAAUACAUCUAGCUUCAAUCGGUUGGAGUAUACUGAAAGGGUUGGUUAGAUUAGAUAAGAUUUGUAUUUUUUGUUCGUCUUGUUCGAAUUCACAUGUGUUAUAUGUCUUGCAGUGACUGCAGAAUUUGGAGUGCGGCGUUGAGUCUCGUGUUUAGGUUAUAUUUGAUGCUUGUUAUGUUUUCUUCUGCUGAUUGUAGGGACGAGAACCGUAACUCUUAGAGGUUCAAUACUUGGUGUCGAUUAAUCCAUAGUACCAUAAUGCAGGAUUUCUAUUAGCCAAAUAGGAUGAGGUGGGCUGACCAGCUCCAUAGUUCCUGCAUUGUAAGGAUGCUACGAUUCGUGUUCACAUAGUUCACCACUAGUCUCCAGCUCUUGAUCCUCGUGUUAAAUGAUGAUAUUCUAGAUCCUUUGUUUGUACCUCGUGUUUGUAGAGGUCGAAUUGCUUGCACUGACGGUAGACGACUAGGAUGUGCACUGUUGUGAGUGCUAGAUUAAGUACAUAAUUCACACUAUCCACAAAUCACAUUUGUGAAAAAAUCAAGAAUCCGCACGAUGUUUUAGGUGAUCUCACGUGAUUUUUUUGGUUUUCA